AUGACCCCGGAUAAUUCACACCAGGAUCAACCUGUCAAACCUGUCAGCGAAACCUCACCACUUCUGCCAAAAUCCACGGACGACGCGCAGGCAAUCGGCGUGGAAACAGGCAUUGCACCGGAAGGCGUACAUGCUGAAGACGGAGGAGAUAUCGAGCGACAGGUCAGCCAUGGCGAUGCGUUCAAGCACCAAGGCCUGCCGGAAGUCAGGAAGCGGAUGAAGUACAUUUUCCCGGCGAUAGCUAUCGGAGUAUUCCUCUCGUCUGCAGACCAAACACUCGUUAUAACAACCUACGGUACCAUCGGCACCGACCUGCAUGCACUUUCCUCCACGUCCUGGAUCGCAACGGGCUACUUCCUCACGCUAUCCGCUUUCCAGCCUCUCUACGGAAAACUCUCGGAUAUCUUUGGCAGGAAACAAUGUUUGCUGUCUGCGUACCUGAUCUUUGGGAUUGGGAGUGUGGGCUGUGGUCUUGCGAGGAACAUUGGUGAGCUCGUUGUCGCAAGAGCUUUUGCCGGUGUAGGUGGCGGUGGCAUGAGUGUAUGUACAAGCAUAUUGCUGAGCGAUAUCGUGAGCUUGAGGGAGAGAGGUCAGUGGCAGGGUUAUGUCAACCUGGUGUACGCUUUCGGUGCUUCUGCUGGUGCGCCCCUCGGUGGGUUGCUGGCAGAUAGCAUUGGGUGGAGGUGGGCCUUCCUAGCGCAAGGACCGAUGUGCGCUAUGGCAUUCGUUGCUGUGGCAUUGGUGCUUGAACUUCCCAAGCAAGAUCAGUCGCACUGGAAAGAGAAGAUGAAGCGGAUUGAUUUCUUGGGCGCGGUGAUCCUCAUCUUUGCCGUUUUUGGAUUACUUAUCGGUCUCGAUCGCGGCUCGAAUGUGUCCUGGAAUAACCCCAUUACUAUCGCUGGUCUCGCUUCUACGCCGUUAUUCGUCGUUUUCGUGCUCGUUGAGAAGUAUGUCGCGAGUAAUCCCUUCGCCCCUGGCCGCAUCAUCCUCAACAAGACACUCUUUGCAUGCUAUCUUUGCAACUUCUUCUCUUUUGGAGGAUGGUUGGCUGCAUUGUUCUUCAUACCACUCUACUGGCAGGUCAUGGGCGAUUACAGUGCUUCGAAAGCUGGAUUGUUCCUCGUCCCAUCCAUUAUCCUUGGGGUUAGCGGCUCGCUUUUCAGCGGCUUCUACAUGAGGCGUACAGCCAAGUACUAUUGGAUCACCGUGAUCGCCUACACGAAUCUCACAGUUGGUUUGUCAUUGAUACUCCUAUUCGCUGGAGUCGUUUCGGAGAGCUUACCGGCUAUGGUGGUGGCAACAUGUGUAUGCGCGUUCAGCAACGGCAUAGGUGUAACAACCACCCUCAUCGGGCUCAUCGCAAACGCCUCUCAUACCGACCAAGCCGUUGCCACCGCUUGUUCGUAUCUGUUCCGCUCUCUCGGUUCUGUCUUCGGUGUCUCUAUGUGCGCAACCGCGUUCAACCAGACCCUUCGCAAAUCCCUCCAAGAGACGCUGCAAGGUGACGAUGCGGCCGAGAUUGCAGAGCGUGUCAGAGCUGGAUUGGCUUAUUACAGGGGUCUGGAUCCGGCGCUGAAGAGUAUCGUCAAGGAGUGCUAUGGACGGGCUACUAGGGCGGCGCUAUGUGUGGGGAUUGUGCUUGUUGCUGGGAGCGCUAUCUUUGCGUGGUUCAUAAAGGAGAAGAGUCUGGAGGAUAGUAAGAGUAGACGUGUUGAGCCUGAGGAAACCGCAGAGUGA